GCCAUGCAUCGUAGGCACACCACACUGCGGGAGAAGGGUCGUCGGCAGGCCAUCCGUGGCCCCGCCUACAUGUUCAGUGAGAGGGGCACUAGCUUGACAGCUGAAGAGGAGCGUUUCCUGGAUGCUGCUGAGUAUGGCAACAUCCCUGUUGUGCGGAAGAUGCUGGAAGAGUCUAAGACACUCAACGUAAAUUGUGUAGACUACAUGGGCCAGAAUGCACUGCAACUUGCAGUUGGCAAUGAGCACCUUGAGGUUAUCGAGCUGCUUUUAAAGAAGGAGGGUCUGGCCCGCGUGGGUGAUGCCCUCCUACUGGCCAUCAGUAAGGGAUACGUGCGCAUCGUGGAGGCCAUUCUGGCUCACCCAGCGUUCGCCGGUGGACUCCGUCUUACCCUCAGCCCUCUGGAGCAGGAGCUGCGCGACGAUGACUUCUACGCAUACGACGAAGAUGGCACGCGGUUCUCGCAGGACGUAACGCCAAUCAUCUUGGCCUCGCACUGCCAGGAGUACGAGGUCGUGCACACGCUUCUGCUGAAGGGCGCACGCAUCGAGAAACCUCACGACUACUUCUGCAAAUGCAGCGAAUGCGCAGAGAAACAGCGACGUGACUCCUUUAGUCACUCCCGUUCACGUAUGAAUGCGUACAAAGGCCUUGCCAGCGCUGCCUACCUUUCCCUCUCUAGCGAGGACCCAGUGCUCACUGCUCUGGAACUCAGCAAUGAGUUGGCCCAACUAGCCAACAUUGAGACAGAGUUCAAGAAUGACUACAGAAAGUUGUCCAUGCAGUGCAAGGACUUUGUUGUCGGUGUAUUGGACCUGUGCAGGGAUACAGAGGAAGUUGAGGCAAUUCUGAACGGGGAUAUCGACCAAAACCCGCCAAGUGAACACUCCAGACCAUGUCUCAGUCGAGUUAAACUGGCCAUUAAAUAUGAAGUCAAAAAGUUUGUGGCCCAUCCUAACUGCCAGCAGCAACUCCUCACAUUGUGGUAUGAGAACCUGUCUGGUCUGAGGCAGCAGUCCAUUGGGGUCAAAUGCUGGACUGUCCUGGGUGUGACAGUGGGCUUACCCUUCCUUGCCAUUGCAUACUGGAUUAUGCCCUGUAGUAAGAUUGGACAGAUUCUCCGGAGCCCAUUCAUGAAGUUUGUGGCUCAUGCUGUUUCGUUUACCAUCUUCCUCGGCCUUUUGGUGCUGAAUGCCUCGGAUCGCUUUGAAGGGAUCAAGAAUCUUCCGAAUGAGACUAUCACAGACCAUCCUCGCCAGGUGUUCCGGGUCAAAACCACCCAGUUCUCCUGGACUGAAAUGCUGAUAAUGAAAUGGGUACUGGGCAUGAUUUGGUCAGAGUGUAAGGAGAUCUGGGAAGAGGGGCCACGGGAGUACAUCAUGCACCUGUGGAAUGUUCUGGAUUUUGGCAUGUUGUCAAUCUUUGUGGCAUCGUUCACUGCGAGGUUCAUGGCCUUUCUCAGAGCUUCUCAAGCGCAGUUGUACGUAGACCUACAUGUGUUCAACACAGAUCUCAGCAACGCCUCCCUUCCAGCAGACGUUGCCUACUUCACAUAUGCUCGGAACAAGUGGCUUCCCUCUGACCCCCAGCUCAUCUCUGAGGGGCUGUAUUCCAUCGCUGUGGUCUUAAGUUUCUCUCGCAUUGCCUACAUCCUCCCAGCCAAUGAGAGCUUCGGCCCACUGCAGAUCUCCCUGGGACGCACGGUCAAGGACAUUUUCAAAUUCAUGAUCAUCUUCAUCAUGGUCUUCUUAGCCUUCAUGAUUGGCAUGUUCAAUUUAUACUCGUACUAUCUGGGUGCCAAAUACAAUCCUGCCUUCACCACGGUAGAGGAGAGCUUCAAGACUUUGUUUUGGUCCAUAUUUGGUUUGUCUGAAGUUAUUUCUGUGGUCUUGAAGUACGACCACAAGUUCAUUGAAAACAUUGGAUAUGUUCUGUAUGGGGUUUAUAAUGUCACCAUGGUGAUUGUGCUUCUCAACAUGCUAAUAGCUAUGAUCAACCAUUCAUAUCAGGAAAUUGAGGAGGAUGCAGAUGUGGAAUGGAAAUUUGCCCGUGCCAAACUAUGGCUCUCUUACUUUGAUGAGGGCCGUACUCUGCCCCCACCCUUUAACUUGGUGCCAAGCCCAAAGUCCUUUUACUACUUGGCCCUAAGAACAAGGGCCUGCUUGGUUAGACUAUGCAAGUUCAAGGCUGGGCGCCAAGAUAGUAGACAGCAGAGGGGUCUGUUCAACUCUCGAUUAAAGUUAAAUCGACACCGUCCACAUUACCAAGUGCAAGAAGAAUUCUCUAUGAGGAACCCAAUAAAACAUCCAACUCGAUAUCAGAAACUCAUGAAACGUCUCAUAAAGCGAUAUGUCCUUAAGGCCCAGAUAGACAGUGAAAAUGACGAGAUUAAUGAAGGCGAGCUGAAGGAAAUUAAACAAGACAUCUCCAGUUUACGCUAUGAGCUGCUUGAGGAAAAGUCACUUGCUACAGAAGAACUAGCCGAUCUUAUCCAGCAGCUCGGCGACAGGCUCAGCAAAUCCACCAUGAAAACACGAGAGAUGAGUGCUGUAGAUGUAGACAUCUAUUAG